CAUUCACCGCACGAGGAAGUCGCGUGUGAGCAAACAGUGAAUCAAUUCCGGCUCUUGCAUUGCUUCUUCUCAUUUGACGUGUUUGUUUGCCCAUAAUGGACUCUACACUUCUCACCAUCGUCUCUUUCCCAGAGCUUCAAAUUGCAUAAUGACCUCUCAAUCUCGAAAGCGCAAACAUCGAACUGAGUUAGAACUCGAGAGGCCGCACAAGCAACGAAGAACUUUGGCAACAGACACGCAAGAGACAGAAGCUCAGAACAAUUUGUACAGCCAGUCAAUCUCAAAUGCAACAUUGAAACGUAAAGAUCGAACUGAAGAACAGCCUCAAGACGAAACCCCUGACAAGGAGUACAAGGUCAGGGAUAUUAUCGGGGAAACAAGAACAAAGUAUCAAGUAGACUGGGAAGACGAUCCGGUCACUGGAGAGAAAUUCAGACCGACUUGGGAACCAAAGAGCUUCGUAAACGCAGCAGCAAUCGAAGACUGGGAGAACAAGAAAUCGCAGAAGAGACAGCAGGAAAGAGCUGCACCGAAAAGUCGCCGACGCAAGACUAGAUCAACAAAGGAAGUUACCCCGCCGUCAAGCAGAAGACUCUCACCAGGACUCGCUAUUACCGCUGAGGCUGCCUCGGGCCUGCAGAGCAGUAGUAACUCAGCGAAAAGACCCCGGACGCGAUCGAGAAGAUUGCAAAGAGUUGUCGAAUCCUCGCAAGCAUCCACUCAACCUACACAAACAACAGCUCUCCCACCAAAAAGUGCCGAACCUGCAAACAGUGUCGAGAUCACAAGCAGCUUGAUUCUUCCUGAGCAUCCCGCAUCCUCUCCCCAGCUGCAGGAUCAUCGCCUAUCUCCCCCAUACGAACCAGGUUUAAAUACUACCACCGCUCAGGAUCUUUUGAUCAACAUCACACAACCUAGCGAUUUUGAUCCAGAGAACUAUCAACCUUUCUCCUCUUCCUUCGCGACGCAACGAUCAGAGACACAGCAGGAUUUGCCGCUCGGAAAAGAGAACCAAGAAGAGACCCAAGAGUCCAGAGUUUCAAGCGCUAAUUCAUCUCCGCUUCUUCCAACGUAUCGUCACAGGCUGGUCGUGCCCGACUCACAAACCUCGCUAGAAUCCUCAAGUUUCGACCCAGCAGCAUCCAUUCGAGAGUACAUUCGAUCGAUAAACGAUCCAGAGAACGUUUCAGGCUCAGCACUAACUCGCAACACCACCCAAACUGGUUUUCACUCCACAUCCGAUAUUCCGCUUGUCAGCGAUCCUAUAGAGGACCCAUCUAGCUCUGAAGCUGAGCAAAGGCCUGACCCCAUAAACCACAUUGCGAUAUCUUCAGAGAUCUCGGAGAGUUCAGCUUCAACUCCUCCCCCAGCGGACGCGCAAGAAGAGUCAGAGUCUCAGGCCCUUCAAGGAAGUCAUCUUAGUAGCAGUGAAGAGUCGCAAUUCAUUGCUCUUCAAAAUUCACAGGAACUUCCCGCUGGUCAAGGAAACGCUAUUCUUCUGCCUAGCUUUUCCGAAGAAGACCCUUCCUCUUUUGCCGGUUCUUUGGCCCAUCCUUCAAAGACUCUAGACAACUCGAGCUUGCAGAAGCCUGUUCUCAGCACUGCACUUAGCGAUUCUCCAGAUAAAGAAUCAGGACCUGCAUUUUCGCAUAACACUGUUGCUUCUAAUCCCAGCCCGACCUGGCCAUCUCACUUCAGUCCCUCGGCAGAAGGAUUGUCGGAUAUUCGUCCUGCGCAGCAACAGUCGCGCCCACGGCACUCUCCGCCAAAGUUCAGCGUCGACGACGACCACAACGUUGAUCGAUCAGGCAGUGGACCCCAGGAUAUCACCGCUGGUACUGCGUUUCGAACUCAAAUCUCUCAUCAAUUGCAGCCCAGCAUUGAAAAAGAAUCCGGUGAAAGCCUAACAACUGAGAAAUUUCUAACUCAGCCUUUGCAGUCUUUUGAGACUAGUUCCACUGACCUGAACCAACAGGCUCGGCAAGUGCUUCCAGAGGAUCUAAAUUGGCAGACGGGAACCUACGAGGAAACCAUAACAUCUGAGGCAAAUUAUUCAUUUGCAAGCCCCCUGCACCCUGAUCGCCCAAGCCGACAGCUUGCAUUACCUCGAGAAAUAAGGCACCCUCGAAAUAUUCACUCUUCGGCCGGCUUUGAAAGUGUUCUUGACGCACUAGGCCAGUCUGGGCGAGUGCUCUCUAGCUCCACCCUCCCCACUGCUCCUUCUGAAGCCCCAGACACAUUUCUCUCAAAUCACCAAAACAGGCCACAGACGCCUGAAGACGAGGACAUGUCGGAUCUUCCACAACAUCAGGCGAGUUCUCCUUCGAGCCUACCGGCCGGAUCUCCUGGAGCUGCUGUACGAGAAAGAUUACGAGCUUUACGCGCCGCUACAGCUUCCGCGCGCGGCGGAAACACCCCCUCGCCGACAUCCUCGCCGAUGAGUACGCAACCGCCGCUGCCGAGGAUAGUAAAGGAAGGCGUCUCAACACAAUCGCCUGUCUCUGAAAGAUCACCAACUCCAGCUGACCUGCCGGAAGGUGCUAAGUCUCCAUCCGUAAUCCCUGAUCGUCCACCUCUACCUCCACCUUCGUCCCUCCUUGCACCAAAGUCUGUCCGGGUACACGAUUUCCACACUAGCCAUGCGCCAGCGCACCAUAGUCCAUUAGCUCUCCACAAGGAGAGGGCCAGCCC